GCAGGAAAGAGAUAGUAACAUACCGACAUGUACUUCUCAUGCAUAAGGAUGCAGAUGGAUGCAAUCUAUAGUCGCCUCAUUACCAGCAGAUUACAGUAUAUGCCUCCAUGGAAUGCAUCAGCUGCAGAGUUGGUCAGUCAUAAAAGACGAUCCUUUAUCGAUCUCAAUUAUACGAUCCAAGGGAAACUCCACAUGCUGCGUGGAUCAUAUCGAUCAUAUACCAAGGAUAGGGAAGGAACUUCAUCAGAUGCAUUAUCGUCGAAUAUUGCCAAAAAAGGUACAUCCAACGAUAAGACGAGCACAUCAGAAAAGCUUCGCAGAGUACUAAGAAAAGUCCCAUUUCCAGUUGCUGUUGUAAGUACUGCUGCGCCAAACGACCCAUCAGUUCGCCGUGGGAUUACCGUGUCAUCUUUUUCGUCCAUUUCACUGCAGCCAAUUCCCCUGAUCGCAUUUUGUGUGAAGCUUCCUUCAAGGGCCUCGACAAUGUUGCACGAAUCAAACCAAUUUAUAGUUCAAUUCCUGGCCUCAGAUCAAAUAACUCACUCAGUGGCAUUUUCAUCCUCAGUUCCACCUCCAUCUGAGGUCAUUACAAACCUUCCUACGUCAAACCUUACUGAUGCAGCGUCAUCAAUUGUUCCCAAACAAUCAGAAUCUCGGGCGCAGGCCUUCACAAGAUCAACUCAAGCAAGGGUGCCGCAUGACAAGGAUAUUGAGGAAUUGACUGCGGAGGCAACCAUACAAAUAUUAGCCGACAAUGAGAUUGGCAAUUCUUCUCUGGCUGAUGCCUUUACUGGUUCUCAAAACGCUAAAAAGAAUGGCACACUUCACGGCAUUCCAGCGCCACCACUUGUAACAUCACCAAGUACACCGCCAGACCCUGAUCCUUUCGAGGUAUUGGGUUAUAAGAUUGACCCAGAAUCGAAUUUACCGGUGCUGCUGAACACAUUAGGGGCGAUCCGGUGUAGUACUCAUCAGGUGAUGGCAGUGGGAGACCAUGAGAUGUGGAUCGGACACGUAGAAAAGGUAUUGCAUGGCGAGAUCCCAGAUCAGCAAGAGCCAUUGUUAUACCAUGAUCGGUCCUACCGAAGAGUCGGGCGUAGAAUCGUAUAAGCAUUGCAUUAAAAUAUUACGCCUUGGUUAAAUAAUCAUGCA